CGAUGGCGCCAUCAAGGGCUUGGUUGGAUAAGACUCGAUUCUUGUCCACUCUUGUCCUCAGACAAUGAGUCUGGAGACCAACCGACCGACCGACUCUUGAGACAAAGAUGCCAACCAUAUGGAGCACUUGUGUUACUUUUCGUCUGACCUUUAUAGCGUGUAUGUAUGUGUGUGUGUGUGUGUCCAAUAGUGUUCAUUCGUACGUCUACGUCGUUGAAGGGUGAGACGUCGAUUUCAAUUUCCUUUACUCUCGCCCUCCCGUUAUUAGCGCAGUUGUUUUGACGAUGAUUUGGGGAUUUCGGUGGUAAUGAAUCGGAAGACUUUUCAUUUGGAAAUGCUAGAAAAUGUAUCGGGAUUUUAAAUAUCAGGCCUCCUCUUGGACAGUGAGUUUGCCAUAUGAAGUUGAUAUUUUCAUGCUUCAUAACAGGGGUUUGAGGAAGACAGAGGGAAUCAGGAUACUAUAAGAUGACUCCCAUCUCUCAUCCAGAUCAUCAGUUCCCACCAAGUUCUUCCAAUAGUAACACCUUCUCUUUUUUAUCAAAGCACUUCACCAUGCAGGCUCUGGUUGUAUUUCUGUUCUCCUUGUCUAUUAUGUGCCUCAUGGCCACGGCAAGCCCUGAUCACGGGCACCAUGGACACCACGGAGGCCAUUACAAUUUUGGUUACAAGGUCCAUGACGGCUAUAACAAUUUUGGGCAUAGCGAACAUCGGAAUGGCCAUUCGACCAAAGGCCAAUAUCACGUCAAGUUGCCCGAUGGCCGCACUCAAAGCGUGCACUACCACGUGGACGGCUACAAGGGUUAUGUGGCUAAUGUGAAGUACCACGGACAUGCCCACCAUCCCCACGGACAUGGUCAUGGAGGACACGGUCAUGGUCAUGGAGGACAUGGUCAUGGUCAUGGAGGACACUCGGUGGUAUAUGGCCAUCACAAUCCUGGUCACGGACAUAGCCAUGGAGGACAUGGACACCACAGCCAUGGAGGACACGGAGGUCACUCUGUGGUGUAUGGGCAUCACAAUCCCGGGCAUGGUCACGGGCACCAUGGACACCACGGACACGGACACGGGCAUCAUUAAUUUCAUUUGAUUGGAUUUUGUUACGUUUUAGGCUAAAAAUAAAUUAUUGCAU